CCUACGUGUUAAUACAUUAACCACAAACAUGUACUAACGUAUUUAAGGUAGUCUUUAUUCAGGCAUGAAUUCAUAAGACUCACAUCAUAGUUAUAGUUAGCUCUUCAUUAGUUUGCGAUUAGUACAUGCCUUAACAGUUAUUUCAUAUUUAAGUAAGUAUUAAUUCAGAUAUUAGUGCAUGAUCAUUCAUGUACUGUUAUUUUUAAAUCUUACCAACAAAAUCUGUCCCUCAAGGACUGUGCAAUUUUACGAUUACUGAAAUUAAUGCAAAAUCAAGCAUGCUUCGCAAUAUUCGGAGGAGCUUGCAAUUUUUUUUUUCUCAAAAUUGCAGAUUGUCCACAGAUUUGCUCCUAUAAGCAUCAUGUGAUAUCAUCACAGUGCACCAUGUGACAUCAUAGCAACACUCAUUCGACCCAAGGCGAUUCAUGUGUGUCGAACAUGAGUACAGCUAAAAGGUCUCAUUUACUAACAAACAUCACUGUGAAUGACCGUGUAAAACAAUUUCUUGCGAUUGCAAUUUUGUCAAUUCAAGUAGUUUUCUGCAAAAAAAAAUUUGCAUUGCAAAUUUUGAAAAACGGCAAAGAAAAAUUGAGCAUUUUUGGCCACAACAAUCACCAAAAAACUCAGCGAAAUCCUGUAUGGACUUAAAGGUUUCAUUUGACUCACCGUCAUAUAAUCACACUAUCUGGUGGUGUUCCGUUUUGAGUCUGAUUCUUCUCAUUGUCUGUGUGAUUGAUGAUUGGCCCACGCCAGUGAAAUUUCUCUCUUAUUUGAAUAAAGUUAAGAUAUUCUCAACAUUUCUGUACUCUUGUUGCUUCUUCUGUGCAGCUCUUGCUCCCAUAAGUCUCUGUGUGGGAUUUAUGCAUGUCUCUGUAGAAAAUGAAUGAGAAGCAGGACAAAAAAUGCUUUGCUGCAAAAAGCUUUCCUAUGCCAAUAUAGCGCUGACUUUCUCAUUCUGGAUGUAAAUAUAAAACUACAUCUGUAUUUUUGUAAAGUUGCUUUGUGAAAAUAUCUAUCAUUAAAAGUGUUAUGCAAAUUGAAUUUAAUGUUUUUUAUAAUCAUUUAUGCAAUUGUCAGUAAAUAGACAUAAAGCCACAAAAAGUGGACAGAAAAAGGCUGAAUGAAAAGGAAAAAAAUGGCGACUCUGGUCUACUGAUCAGAAGGUUGCGAGUUCAAAUCCGUAUUUGUCACAUUCUGAUGUACAGUUUUGAUUUGAGUUGCUAUUAAUAUUUUAACCUGCAGCAUGUUCGCCUCACACUUCCAGGGUCAGGGGUUCGAUUCCCACUGUGGCCCUGUGUGUGCGGCGUUUACGUGUUCUCCCCGCCCUGCGGGGGUUUCCUCCGGGUACUCCGGUUUCCUCCCCCAGUGUAAAGACAUGCAUGCUGAAGCAGCUGCAGCAGUGCAUGCAAGAGCAACUAAAAGUCCACCAACAGGAGCAGCUGAAAAAACUGCAGAAUGAACAAUCAAGGAUUUUGGGAAUGGUUCAGGCUGCCACAGAGUAUGACAAUAUAAAACAGCCAUGCCUCAAAACUGCUGAGCAGUCUGGAUCAAAGUCCUCACAAACAAGACCCAGAGUUUCACCAGUUCCGCAUGAACACCAGCAAACCAAAGAAGUGGAAAGGACACUUGUGCCAGGCGUGUGGAAACAAGAGCCAAAAGUGGACCAGGCACGUUCUGGACAUCACACUGAUGAAGAUUAUGAUCACGAAGGAGAGUCUCUGCAUUCUGAGGACAAACGCAUGUGGCGAAAAGACAAUGAAACAGAGGCACAUGACCGGCCGAUCAGAUCAGGGAAGACUUUUGAGGAGAUGCUGGAAGAGCAGCUCAAGCUGGAGAAUGAGAAGAUAAGCAAGAUAUCGGGUGCUCCUGCCGAUGCAGCAAAGGUGAAGAGGCCAUUUCUGAGGCGAGGGGAAGGCUUGUCUAGAUUCACUAGAGGCAAAACCACUGGACCAUUCCGAGACAGGGCAACAAGUUCAGACACCAAACCCACACCAGGACUCAAUCCUUCAGCCUUUCAGGGCCCGACCAUCAGAUCCCACCAGACCUCUGAGUCAAAACGAACUUCUCAAAACUCUAUAAGUACAACAAACUGUGUGACACAGCGCAAGACUGCUGUACUGAACAAAACUAACUUUCCUCAGAUGAUUUCAGCACCAGUAACCAAGGCUCUUGCAAAAGCUCAAGUUCAUGGAGGCCACCAGAAUGUCAGGGUAGAAGGGCAGAAUGGCAGCUCUGGACCUCUCCAACACCAGAGUAAGAGUAAUAAUAAGCCUGAAGGUCAGAAGGUCUUCUCAGAUAUCAUGGUUGAUAUCAGUAAGGGGACAUCAAGACAGUUUCACAGUAUGGAUGAGCAAACUGCUCGAAUGGCAGAGAAUUCAUUUGAGGUGUGGCUCAAAGAACGUGGUGAACACUGGGAAAGAGAUCAGUACCUUGAGUAUGUGGAGCUUGGUGAGUUUGAGCUGCUAGAGAGAGCAGCAGAUGAGUUAUCUUUUUCCAGUAACUCUUCUUUCAUCAACACUCUUUUGCGGAGGGAUGGCAGACGCCUUUCCUCUACUCCUGUCAAACCACCACCAAAAUGCUCAUUUCCUGACCAUCGUCUCGAUGACGGUACUGGCCUCAGCAAGGCUUACAGUCCACCAGUACCACCCGUAGGCAGUGUGGAAGUGUUAGAAGGGGCAAACACACAAACAGAUGAAGUGAUGACCAAGUGUUCUGGAGAUGAAGAAGUGGAAGAGUCUGAUUCCUCACUAUGUAGCAACACGGUUUUUCAGCAGCCUGCUACAGUGCCAAACCUGCAAGAACCUUUCAACUUCCAAGUUUCAGCACCGCCCUACGAUCAGCGAUCUUAUCAAGACAGAGACGGAGCCGGAAGUCCAGAAGGAGAUGAGGAGAGCCACAGAGACUCAACUUUGGUGGAUGUCAGAGGUCAGGUUGAGUUUGAUGACGAUGAUACAUGGAAUGAGCCAGAGUCUUCAAAUUGCAGUCCUGCAAAGAUGGAUGAUCUGCCAGACAGGGUACUGAAGAGGAAGAUUGCAAUCUCAAAGGGAGCAGAGCUUGAUUGUUGCUCUAACAGCCCAUUAGACCGUGAGCCAGAGCCACCACGGACGUGUCAGUUGGUAGCGAAGUUGUUUCCAUCUCUGAACCUGAAACCGUGUCCUCCUCCACCAGAACUACCAGAUUCAGAUGGGCACAGUGAACAAGGAGCAGCCAGAUCAACAUUACUCCGUGAGCGCUUGGUGGAACUAGAGACCGAGAUUGAGCGCUUCAGGAAAGAAAAUGCAGCAUUGAGCCGACUCAGGCAGGAAAACGAGGCGUUUCAAGAGAACCUGCGGAUGGAGAGAGCAGAGUUUAAGCAGAACAUGGCAGAUGAACUUGUCAAAUGGGAGGAGUUUAAGUUUGAGGAAGGCCGGAAGCUCCAACGUGAGAAGAAGCUGUUUGAGAAAUAUGCAGCAGCUGCAAGAGCAAGACCUGACAAACAGGAACGAGAUGAGAUACAGUCUUUAAAACAGCAGCUAAACACUCUGCAGGAGGAUUUAAGAAAACGAGAGGCUCGCUGGACCAGCACGCACAGCCGGCUCAGGCAGCAGAUAGACACCCUCAGUGCAGAGAAUGCUACUCUACGAGACCAGGUCCGCACGCUGGAAAAACUUCGCCUCAGUACCUGGAAAAAUGCUGAGUCUGAACGUGAGAAAGUGAGAGAGAGAUCCAGUGCAUCCAGCAAUAGCACAAGGACAGCAAAAUCCAAGAGCCCCUCCUCCAGUAUUAAAAGCAGCCCACUUGAGAACAGCAAGAAGAUGGAAAGCCCAGAGGUUCAGAAUCCUCCCAAAAUUCCAGCCAAGACCUCAAGUACCACAUGCUCCACAGACUGGCAAAAGGCCCAGCCUUGCCCAGUGGCUGGUGCACACCACAUCUCCGAUCAUUUAAUUGUAUCUGAGGUAAAGAGCCAUGAUCCUCAACUAAUCAAAAACUCCACCGACUCAGUCUUAGAAGUGGACAGUCCCAGGAACAUCCCAGGAAAAUCUGAACUUGAACAGGAAGAGAUCACACACAUGGAUGGCAAGAUUGAAAGGAUGUUUCCUGAUGGAGGACGACUCACAGUCUUCCCCAACGGCACAAGGAAAGAAGUGUCUGCUGAUGGACUGUCAGUCAGAGUCACUUUUUUCAAUGGGGACAUCAAGCAGAUAAUGCCAGAUCAUAGAGUGAUUUAUUAUUAUGCAGAAGCUCAAACCACACACACCACCUACCCUGAUGGUAUGGAAGUGCUCCAGUUCCCAAACAACCAGAUAGAAAAACAUUUUAUAGAUGGUCAUAAGGAGAUCAUAUUUCCUGAUCAGACAGUUAAGAAUCUCUAUCCUGAUGGGCGAGAGGAGAGCGUGCUCGUAGAUGGUACAAUAAUACAGCAAAACCCGGAUGGCACUAAGCAGAUCCAGUUCAACACGGGUCAGCAAGAGCUCCAUACAGCAGAAUUCAAGAGACGAGAAUACCCUGAUGGCACCGUCAAAACCGUUUAUUCUGAUGGAAGACAGGAGACCCGCUACCCCACUGGCCGCGUCAGGCUCAAAAAUCAAGAAGGACGUGUCAUCAUGGACUCCAAAACCUAAGAGAACUCAAACGUUUUUACUUAAAUGCUGAAACACUGAAGUUUGGUUUGCAGGAAAGGAAAAACAAGAAUUUUGUGUGUGUUAGAUUGUGUGAUAAAUUAAUAGCAGUUAAUUUAUUUGUAGUGUACAUUUUUGUAAAAUAAAUAUUGUUAUAAUACUCAAUCAACUGAAAAUUUAA